AUGUUGACGACAUCCAUUUUGGUGCUUGCGUUUUGUGUAGAUUUCAUCACUUGUUUCCCCCAAGAUGCUUUAAUUGGAGUACGAUUCGAUCAUCCGGAAAGUCGAGAGAGCGAAAAAGAGCCACUUAUAGGGCUUCACCACUCGGACGAAGAGAGUGACACUUCUCACGAGCUGAUCGCUAUCGCACCGAAAUUACAGGAAAAAGCCGUUUCACCAUUACAUAGAGAACUACCAAUCAAAGGUCGUAGUGCCGGAUUUUGCGUGGAUAAACGGCAAUUCUACGAGUCGCACUGUAUGAGCAUGUUUACCGAUAGGGAUGAGGAAACGAGGAAGGCGUUGUUCAAAUUUUGUCCCUGGUUAUUCAAACAUACACAGUUGACGAUCGUUACCAGUCACGAGUCUCCUCCAUUGGCAUUGAUGAACAAUCCUUACAUCGAUCCUUACAAAGUCAACAAUGAAGUUGCUAUAUUUGGGGCUGGUGUAGUGCAGCGGUUAGAGGCUCCAGCUGUCUGCACGAUCGAUCUUAGAUCAAUUCCUAUGGAUCGGCAUCUUAGGAUCUUUCUCUUCGUUACCUUUCUAAUUCCCCUUAGCAGUGCACAAAUCUGUAUAUCAGAAGCACAAUGUCCGCAAGGUACGAAAUGCAUGGCGACAGCGUCCGGUUACAGUAUGUGCUCCAAAAUUGGUGCUGGUGUGCAGCCUGACUACCCCACACCUCCAUCGUUCUACUGCAAUACGAAUAAGGACUGCGCUCCAUCCCAAGUGUGCUCACAUCCUCCCGGAGGUCCAGGGAUUUGUCAAGACUCCAAGGCCAUGGCGUGUAUCUCGAACAACGAUUGUUCGCCAGGUGAAACAUGUGUGCUGCUUUCCAAUCUUCAAACUGCUUGUCAGAUCACCGUUGGUGGUAAUGUGCCUGGAAGCGGUAAUCCGAUUCAAGUCGGUGGCAUAGGACUCUCAUGUAAACGUGAUUCCGACUGCGCUAAUCAAGAACGCUGUGUUGACUACUACGGGAAAUGGCAGUGCAUGGCAACGGAUGUUAAUGGUGUUAAUGAGUGCAACACCUCUCUCGAUUGUACGGCGGGGAAAAUUUGUGCAUAUAGCACGUUCACGUCAAGAAAUAUUUGCAUUAAUCCAGGUUCAAUUCCAACAAUUGGAGGAAAUGUGGGCUCGAUGGCAGGCUCAACGCUCAUCGGCAACGGGGUCUAUCCAAAUUUUGCCAAAUAUCAAAGUGAAGUGAACAAGAAUAUCCUUCUAAACGAAGAUGAGAACUCAACUACGGUGAUCCGAGUUUCUUCUGUCGAUAGUUAUGUUGCCAAAACGUUCACAAUCAGUACAACUACUGUCCUGCCUACUGAAGAAAAAAGCGAAAAUAAGAGUCACGAGAUCAAUGUUAUAAAGACGAAAUAUGCAGUGAUGAGGGAACCUCAAGUUGUACCUAAACAUGCAGUUAUCGAUCCAGCUGCUCUACCUUGCGAAUUUGAUUAUCAGUGUCGUAUGGGUGAGAGUUGCUCGGGAGUCAUCGCUUUGGUGGAUAGAAAUGUUACAGUAUGUCAAUACGAUGUAGCUAAAGAGGAUCGUAUGUGUAUUUUUCAUGCUGACUGUUUACAAGGACAGCAAUGUACCCGUAACAAAACAGGGACUUUCGUAUGCACUGCCUCUAUAGAAGCUGCGCUAGGUACCGUACCAUGUGCUUACGAUUAUGAGUGUUCAGGUGGUGAGAAAUGCGUGAAUAUUGCAGAGGAAAAGAAGGAAAAGGUGUUCCGGUGUCGUCAACCUCAAGUGAAAGAUCCGAGACAUGAUCAGCUUUGUCGGACAAAUGCCGAGUGUCCUUAUCAACAGGUGUGUCGUAGAGUGGCCGGUGUGAGCUUAUGUGUUGAUGUUGUAGCGUCGACCGAUCCUACAGCUAUGCUAAGCAUACAGAGAAAAGUCGUGAAAUUCGUGCAGGAUCUACUUUUUGCAAGAUUGUGA